AUGGUGACGCUGCGUUCGAAGCCUCUCGCGUCCAUCGACUCGGACCGAGACGUGUGUACCGUCUGUCAGCAGCAGUCGCAGCGCGUGACUGUGAGCUGCUCUGGCUGCCGGAAGCUCUUCCACUUGGGUUGCCUCACGCCUCCGCUGCGUCGUCGACCGCCUGUGGCGCUUGCCUGGCAGUGUGUUGACUGCAACGACGAAGACGACGACGACGACAAGCCGCUGAUAAGUAGAAAAGGUGGGAAGCGGAAGCGCAAUGGAUUGGGAGACGAAGAGGUGAAAGUCGAAGAGCCGACGGUCAAGAGGCGACGAGGAGUGACGUUGGAGAAAGAGGAAGUUGCUGUCGAGAUGCCGGCCGGGCGUCGAAAAGGCAAGACUGCACUGAAGAAGGAGAAGGCGACGCACGGGAAGGGGAAGAGGAAGGAGACAAAGGGUCGAAGAGACUCGGCAAGAGCUCGGAAGGUGGCUGUUGGAAUAUGUGACAGUGAUAAUAGCGAGGAUGAAGACGACGAGGAAGACGAUGACGAUGAUAGCGAUUUUGUGGAUGAAGGUGGGUCGGACGAAGCGGGUAAUGAGGACGACAAUGGCUUGGUUGUGGUCUCUGGUGAUGACGACCAGCGGAAGCGAUCGGGAAGACGUCUCAUGGCGAAACCGUUAUCUACGAAGCGGAAGAACAAGUCGAACGACCGAUUAAAGCAGCAGCCAGCUGUGCCUCCCCAUCCUGUUGUAAACAAUGAAGGUCAUGUCAGUGACGUUGAUUCGUUGGAUAUUGAGAUCAUCGGCGAGAGCGCGAGCUCGGACGAUGAAGAUCCGUACAACGGUCCGCAUUACUUUGUCGAAUAUGCGGCUAGUGGAAGAGCAAAGUGCAAAAGCUGCGAGCAAAAGCUUCUGGUCCAACAGCUUCGGGUUGGCGUGAACAUCCGCCACUCAAUUUUUGGCGACACGACAUAUUACAAGCACUUAGAAUGUACCGCGAUUGGACUGAAAGCUGGGUUUGCCGCCGACGAGGUAGAGGAGGAACCGGACACUGGUGGUGCUAACGAGAAAAGUGCAACGACGAAGAAAGGGAACGAUGACCCGAUUGACGGCUUGUCAAAGCUCGAGCCUGCCGAUCAGAAGCGAGUUCGUGAGUACAUGGAGCAGAAUGACCUCGACGGUGUAAUCGAUGAGCGUCUCCCACUUACAGACGACCAUUACAACAAAAAAGGUCGCAUGCCAGAGAAACAGCCGUCGAAGUACUUGACUGCUACUCUCCUUCCGUAUCAACUUGAAGCAUUGGCUUGGAUGGUUGGGCAGGAGAAAAGCGAUUAUAAAGGUGGCAUUCUUGCAGAUGAGAUGGGAAUGGGCAAGACGAUUCAGGCAUUAUCAGCAAUCCUUGAGAAUCCGCGAGAGGCAGAACUCUCGACAAGUGCCAAGGCUGCUAAAGGUCGGAAUCUGUUUGGUGGCACGCUUAUCGUCUGUCCUCUUGUUGCUGUGAUGCAAUGGAAGAGCGAAAUCGAGCGGUUCGUAGAACGUGGUCAUCUUUCGGUGUACGUGCAUCACGGUCCGAAGCGGUUGGAUGCAGUGGAGAAAAUAGCUUCAUUCGACAUUGUGCUCACAACAUACUCCAUCAUCGAGAGUGAGAUCCGCAAAACGCUGGGCUGGUCGAAAGUUGCGUGCAAGUACUGUGGAAAGAAGUACUUACCAGACAAGUUGGUAUCGCACAACAAGUACUUUUGUGGACCGGAUGCGCAGAAGACUGCUCUUCAAGAUAGGCAGCAGAAGAAAAGAGGCAAGAAGAAAGCUGCUGGAGAAGAUAGUGACGAGGACGACGAGCUGAAGAAAACAGCGACUCGAAAGACGAAAAGUCGAGCGAGUGUGCGAUCAAACAACACGCUUGAUGACAGGAUACGCAUCCAUCACAAGACAAAAGGCAAGUCACCUCUGCACCAGAUCCAAUGGACGAGGAUCGUUCUUGACGAGGCCCAUUACAUCAAAGACCGCAAUUGCAAUACCGCUCGGGGCGUCUUUGAGCUGAAGGCGUGUUACAGGUGGUGUUUGUCAGGUACACCGCUGCAAAAUCGUAUCGGCGAGCUGUUUUCUCUGAUUCGAUUCCUUCGUGUGAAGAAAUACGCGUACUAUCACUGCAAUAUGUGUGAUUGCCAGAUGCUGGACUACAACUUUCCAGACAGAAAGUGUGCGCAAUGCACGCACAGCGCCAUCCAACACUACUCGUACUUCAACAAAAAAGUCGUCAUCCCGAUUCAAGCGUAUGGCUAUGUUGCUGAGGGCAAACUUGCAAUGCAACGACUCCAAAACGACGUUCUCCAGCACAUUCUAUUGCGCCGCACGAAAGAAGGACGGGCAGACGAUAUCUCGCUUCCACCGAAGCUCGUGCGCAUUCGAAAGGAUCGCUUGGAUGAGCGUGAGAAGGACUUUUACGAGGCAAUCUAUACGCAGAGUCAAGCGCAGUUUAACACCUACGUCUCUUCAGGAACGCUGCUCAACAAUUACGCCCACAUCUUCGAUCUUCUCAUUCGUCUUCGUCAGGCGGUGGACCACCCGUAUCUCGUUAUCUACUCCAAGUCAAACCCAGCUCUCCAGCUGCCAAACCCAAUGGUGUCAUUGGUGGAAGAGAAGCCCUUUGGUACUAGUGGAAGCACCAGUCCUGACGACGAGAGAUCGUGUACAAUUUGUCACGAGUGCAUUGAAGAUGGUGUUAUCGCAAAGUGUAAACACGAGUUUUGCCGGGAAUGUGUGAAGGAAUAUAUCGAGUCGCUUCCAUCUGGCGGACAAGCAACGUGUCCCACGUGCACAAAAGCGUUGACUGUCGAUCUCUCCACGCCAGUCGAAGACGCUGGACUCGUUGAUACGUCCACUGAGACUGUCAACCUAUCGAGUAGUAAUCGGCCAACGAAAUCGGUGAAGCUGUCCAGUUUCCAUCGAAACAGUAUUCUUCACCGAUUACCCGACAUUAACGCUUUCCAGUCCAGUACGAAGGUCGAGGCGCUAAUGCAAGAGCUGGAGCUCAUGCGAGUUCGCGAUCCGUCUGGAAAAGCAAUCAUCUUCUCGCAGUUUGUGAACAUGCUCGACAUUAUCGAGUAUCGAUUGCAGCUUGGCAAGGUUAAUUGCGUGAAGUUGUCCGGCAGCAUGAGUAUGGGCGCACGAGACCGGACCAUCAAAGCUUUCCGUGAUGACCCAAGUGUGACAGCAUUUUUGAUCAGUCUCAAAGCUGGUGGCGUCGCACUCAACUUGACUGUCGCAUCUCACAUUUUCUUGAUGGACCCGUGGUGGAACCCUGCUGCCGAAAGUCAGGCUAUCGAUCGGACUCAUCGAUUGGGCCAGUUCAAGCCGAUCCAAGCCACUCGCUUCAUUAUCGCCGGCACUGUUGAGGAACGCAUUCUGAAGCUCCAAGAAAAGAAGCACUUGAUCUUUGAAGGGACCGUUGGCGCGAACGUGAGCGCAAUAUGCCGCCUUACCGAAGAAGACCUUCGGUUCCUCUUUGCAACGUGA